GGAAGGGAUAGACACACUCUUAACUUCAUCCACAGCUGUUACAACUCCAGUUCAAUCUGUGCUUCCCCACUGAUCGGCGAAGAUGGCGUUGGGAGAAAUACGUUGCACUAUCGAUGUAAGCAAGACUCGGAGGUCUUCGAAAACAGGCUUCCUGUUUUUUCUUUUAUUGCAAAUGAGUCUGCUCUCUAAAGUAUGGACAACUUCCACAACGGCUAUUCCAGAAAACACUCUGACAACAGAUGCGACAUCAUAUACAAUGUCAGAAUCUGUAAGCCUAACUCAAUCUGCGGAUCCAGUAAGCAUGUCCUCCUCCAUUUCUACUGACCAGAUGGCCACAUCAGGCUAUUCAGUGACAGGAGCUUCAUCCGCCUCUAUAGAGAACACUGCUUCUAACAGUGCUACUGUCGUCUCAACAGGUGUUACUAGUACGGAGACAGUUUCAGCAAAUACAUCUUCAUCAGAAAAUUAUACUGAGCUAUUCUGUCCAGCAUUUGCUUGCACGAAUGAUUGUUAUGACCAGUUCAUGAAUACGACAGCGAAGCCUUGCCAAUCCAGUGAAUAUAUCUGUAAGAUAAUGAAAGGGGACACAGGUUACUCUGUCAGCUGCAGUGCCUCAUGUGGCGUGUCCUGCGGGAACGGGACUCUCAGUAAUUGCUCUGUCAACUGUUGCAACACAACCAACUGCCUCAACAACACUCUGCAUGCCAUGUCCAAUUCACUCAGUACCACAGUAGCUACAACAAAACCCACUACUACAACUACAACCACAACCAUAAAGACCACAGUUCCAACCACCCCAGCAAGCAAUGGCAAGAAGUGUCAUAAUGUCACGUGUAAAAAGAUUUAA